AUGUCUACUCAUCAAGCUUCCCCACACAUACCCAACACCCCAUCCAGCUUCUGGAAGGCCACCACACCCAAACUCCAGAUCACCAGUGAUGACAAGGAGGCUGACAUCUGGGCCAAGAUGGCUGAUCACAAGUGGCGCAAGGUGUUGAGGGAAGAGGCUGCCCAGCUGGAGGCAGAGAGGCUCAAGAGGGAGUGGGUGGAAGCCAAAAAGUGGGAACAGGAGUGGUUAGAGGCCAAAAGGCAAGAGCAGGGGUGUCUGGAGGCCAAGUGCCAAGAACGAGAGGCCCAGGCACAGCCAAAAACAGGGGAGCUGAAGGGCAAGGCACAGGAGAAGGGCACUGGUUCCUGUGAACAGUGUGAAAAGGGUCAGGUGCCAUGCACCUUUAGUUGCAUGCAACAGAGCAAGUGCAAGAAGAGGACAUGUGACUGGUGCACUGAGAUGAAGGUCAGGUGUGAGCUGCCUGAGGGGGUAGAGCCCAAGGUUGAGGAGGUUGGGGCAAGAUCUGGGAAGAUGCAAGUGCUGGAGGAUGUGACAUCACCAAGGGCCAGGGAGAAGAAGAAGGUCACUUGCACCAGGUCUGGUGUGCCCAGUGAGUUGGAGGCCAGCCCCUUGGGAGUAGGUGUGGCUGCUGCCACUCCCACUGACCCUUUGGUUGCAGCAGUUGCCAAAGGGUUUGAGCUGAUCACAGUGGCUAUGGACCAUCAGAUCUUGGAGAUGCGAGCUGGGAGGGAGACCCAAUGCCAAUUCAACAGUCAGCUGGGGGAUUUACUGGGUGAGUUCAAAUUCAUCCUUCACUUGACCUCCCUGGCAUCCAAGUGCAGCAAGGAGUUGCACUUGGAUGUGGUGGACCUGGAGCUUGAGAGUCUCUGGUCAGACUGA